CACGUGAUUUUGACGAAGUGAAAGUUGCAAAAUAUACCAGCACCACAAAACCUCACUCACACAUAAUGUCGGAGCCACCGCCACCGUACAGUGAAAAAGGACAAAAUCCUGGAUACCCCAAUCUGAACCCCGAGAGUUUCCCUAGUCAGCCAGGAUAUCCCCAGAGCUACACAACACAAGUUCAACAAAAUGUAGUUGUCGUCCAGCCCUCUGGAUACCCGGGGGGAGUUCUGAAGUUCGGACGGUAUCCAAUUCAGAUGAAAUGUCCACAUUGUCAAGCAGACGUGGUGACUGGCACAGCAACAGAAAUAGGAACAUUUGCUUGGUGCAUGUGUGUUCUGAUCGCCUGCUUCUGGUUAUGGCCGUUUUGUUUCAUUGCCUUAUGUAUUGAUUCCCUCAAAGAUGUCGUUCACACCUGUCCAAACUGCAAAAAAGAAUUGGGUCGUUACAAGCGUAUGUAAGACCUACAUAAAGACGUCAAACCCCAGUAUGGUGGAAGAAAACCAAGGAGCCAAAGAUUUUUAUUUGCAAGUUGUAUCAGGACGAUUUUAAAAUCCCACUGUGUCCAUAUCGUUUUUACGACGUUAAAAUUGUUUGUCAUAUUGCGAAUUAUCUGUAUAUUGUGUGUUGUUGGUCUGCAUGUAAUAAACAUUAUGCUUUUAACAUAUCAAAUUAUUCCUGGUAAGUAUAUAAGCUUGAUUCAAUUUUCUUAUUUUAUUGAUACGGUAAUGAUGCUAUUUCCAUUUAUAAAUGUAAAACCUUUAUUAUGUAAGACAUUUAAUCUAGUAGUGUUGUUAUUAUUUGUUUUGUUAAUAUAGUUAAUAAGUGAAUUAAUAUUUAUUAAUUAGAUUGCAGAUUUAAUUCUUCAUCAGUUUAAUUAUACUUCAAAUAGUCAUGAAAUUUACAGGAAUAAGUACGGGUAUGUUUAAAAAAAAUCUUGUAAAGAAUAGACGCGAAAUUUUUAUAAAUAUGCCUUCUAAUAUGUACCUGUGUUAAAAAAAUUACGCACUUUUACUAUUAUACACGUAUAAGUCUUUUGUUUUAUAUUUUUUACCAUAAAAUUUUCGUUAAAAUGAUUUUUUUUGUAUUAGUUUUCAUUUACUUGAAGCUCUGUUUUGAUUUAUCGAGACAUCUGAAAGGAUGCUUUAUUUAAACUUGGAAAACAAUAGCUCUAUUUUGAGGUUAAUAAAUCUGAUCACAGAGUCAACUUAACUUUAAUGUGUAUAAUUAAGAUGUAUAUUUUUAUCAUAGAACCUAUAUUUUAUUAUUCAUUUCACUGUUAAUGUGUUAAACAGAAAGUGUUUUGUAAUUCUUUCCACAUACAUGUGUACUAUAAAAAUAUUAAAAAUUAUAUUGUUUUUACAAAA